GUUGCUCCUUCUGGGCCAGAGGAAGAGAAUGAGACUAAUAGGGAUGCCAAAGGAAAAAUAUGAUCCUCCAGAUCCUCGCAGAAUUUAUACCAUCAUGUCAGCAGAGGAGGUAGCCAAUGGGAAAAAGUCUCACUGGGCAGAAUUAGAAAUCUCGGGUAGAGUGCGGAGCUUAAGUACAUCACUUUGGUCAUUGACACACUUGACAGCACUGCACCUAAAUGACAAUUACCUUAGUCGCAUUCCACCUGAUAUUGCCAAGCUUCAUAAUCUGGUUUACCUGGAUCUGUCAUCCAAUAAACUCAGAAGUUUACCAGCAGAACUAGGAAACAUGGUGUCUCUCAGGGAAUUGCUUUUAAAUAACAAUCUGUUACGGGUUUUGCCUUAUGAACUUGGUCGGCUCUUCCAGCUACAAACUCUAGGUUUGAAAGGCAAUCCUUUAUCACAGGAUAUUCUCAACUUAUACCAGGACCCAGAUGGAACCCGAAAGCUACUGAACUUCAUGCUUGACAAUCUUGCAGUUCAUCCAGAGCAGCUUCCUCCGAGGCCAUGGAUUACAUUAAAAGAACGAGACCAAAUUCUGCCAUCAGCAUCAUUCACGGUUAUGUGUUACAAUGUGUUAUGUGAUAAAUACGCCACCCGGCAGCUAUAUGGCUAUUGCCCAUCCUGGGCAUUAAACUGGGAAUACAGGAAAAAGGGAAUUAUGGAAGAAAUUGUUAACUGUGAUGCAGAUAUCAUUAGUCUUCAGGAAGUGGAAACAGAGCAAUACUUCACUCUCUUUCUGCCAGCAUUGAAGGAGCGUGGAUAUGAUGGAUUUUUUUCUCCAAAGUCACGUGCCAAAAUCAUGUCUGAGCAGGAGAGAAAGCAUGUGGACGGUUGUGCAAUAUUCUUCAAAACAGAAAAAUUUACAUUGGUGCAGAAGCAUACAGUGGAAUUUAACCAAGUGGCAAUGGCUAAUUCAGAUGGAUCCGAAGCUAUGCUGAACAGAGUGAUGACAAAAGAUAAUAUUGGCGUUGCUGUGGUAUUAGAGGUCCACAAAGAGUUAUUUGGAGCAGGUAUGAAGCCUAUUCAUGCUGCAGACAAACAGCUGCUUAUAGUGGCAAAUGCCCACAUGCAUUGGGACCCAGAGUAUUCUGAUGUGAAACUCAUCCAGACCAUGAUGUUUGUCUCAGAGGUUAAAAACAUUCUGGAGAAAGCCUCUAGUAGGCCUGGCAGCCCAACUGCAGAUCCUAAUUCCAUCCCGCUGGUGCUAUGUGCAGAUCUUAACUCAUUGCCAGAUUCAGGUGUUGUGGAAUAUUUAAGUAAUGGAGGAGUAGCUGACAACCAUAAAGACUUCAAGGAACUAAGGUACAAUGAGUGUCUUAUGAACUUCAGCUGCAAUGGAAAGAAUGGAAGCUCAGAAGGGAGAAUCACACAUGGCUUCCAACUUAAGAGCGCCUAUGAAAAUAACUUGAUGCCUUACACCAAUUACACCUUUGAUUUCAAAGGCGUGAUUGACUACAUUUUCUAUUCCAAGACUCAUAUGAACGUGCUUGGUGUCCUGGGGCCUUUAGAUCCUCAAUGGCUGGUUGAGAACAACAUCACUGGGUGUCCACACCCUCACAUCCCUUCAGACCACUUCUCACUGUUAACACAACUUGAACUCCACCCUCCACUCCUGCCUCUUGUCAAUGGUGUUCACUUGCCUAAUCGGAGGUAGUGGAGUACUGCCCCGCAAGACGGGGAUCUGUUGCUAUGGACCUGUACAGUUGUAAAUCAAAGUAUGUAGGAGUGAAGUAUGGCCAUCCUUAAGCUGCUUCUUCAGGUUCUUUUCAUUAUAUGUUUGCUAUAAGACUUUGUACAUUUUUGUGCAUAUUGAUACCAUUUGGCACUAGGGUUAGAACCAAAGUAUUAUUCUCUUUCCAAAAUUUUAAUUUAAGAUGUUUUUAAAUUUGACCUACUUCAUUUUAUAUUAGGAGUCAGCAUUCAUAACUGGUAAAUCACCAAUCUGAGGCCUGACAACAGUGUAUUUGUUUUUGCAAAACAAAUACUUUCUUUUGAAUGGUCUCAAGUGAGCCGACCAUUUUUGUAGAAGACAAUUUUUUUAAACUAUUGAUACAAGAUUUUAAACUGAGAAAUCACAUACUUUGCAGGAAAAACUUCUUGAAUUUCUUUUUGGUUCUCCAAGUUGUUUGCACAUUAACAAAGCACUUAAAUUUGCUUGAUCUAUACAUAAACUAUGAUAUAGUCUCUAGCCAUUUAAGGAAUUAAAGAUGGUUUCACCAUAUGCUUUCAAGAAUCAAGCACUUAAUAGCACAUGACAGUUUGUUGGCCAAAGGCUGGUUGGUGGGUUUAAAUAAUUUUUUGAUCCCCCUAUUAAUAAUAACCUUAUUAGAAAUAUUAAUUCUAAGCCUGUCUCUCCAAUUUAUUUGUAGGGAAACAGCAAGUAAUUUAUACUGCCACACCUAUUGAAGAUAGAAUUUGUUAUGUUUAAGAUGCCCACAAAAUUAGUGUCUAGUAUUUUUUCAUUAUUCCUAUUUUCUUUUCCAUCCGGUUUUGCUAGGAAAACAGAUGUAAUCUAUGUAAUUUUUUGCUGUUACAGUCAAAUGUUAAAAAAAAAACAAACCUGCUAAUAAAUAAAAAGGCCCUGAUUGAAGUUUCAGAGGAAGGAAGCCAUACAGCUAUUUCAUGUGUUUCCCAAAGUAGGCUAAGUGGCUGUUGGUUUUGGAUUUUUUGGUUUUUUUUUUGUUUGUUUUUAAAGGUGAUAAUGGAAAGGAUUUGGUGGGGGUAGGUAAAGAACAAAUUUGGGGCAGUAGUUGAAAACCUUCCAUCAUUUUUUCCUGACUCUAGCUGCCAAAUGGCCAUCAUAAUGCUUUUAAUCUUUGUUUUCAUUGUCUGUCAGGGUUGAAUUAAGAAGCUACUGGUUUAUUUCCAACUGUUGAUGCCUUUAGAUAUGUUGGAAUCCUUUUUUGCCCAGGAGGGGCCAGCUUAAAAUCUGCAACUCAAGAGGCAGUGACCGUAAUACCGGUUUUAUGGGGGAAAAUUGGUUGGGUACUUGAUGUUAAUUAUGGCACAGUAACAGGAAAAGGUUGUGUCUGUGUUUUUAAGUUUUUCUUUAUUCUGCUUUUUUGCUGCUAUAAGAGUUUUCUGAAAUUUAUAUUUUAAACUUUUCAUGCACUUUACUGUUUCUAGUCUCAAAAUGUGAUAUUUUUAAUAAACAAAUUUUCCAUUAUGUGAAUGAAAUUUUAAAAGAAAAUAGCUUAUAUUUGUGUCUCACUAAUAUAUAAAGUACAGGUCAAAUUUAAAUUAUUUAAUUAGUUUUAAAUAUAUACAAUUUGUUUCCUCUUUCAAACCUGACAUCUUAGGCUGUUUUAUUAGUCUUAAAUGAUGCAUUUCCUUUGGUCAUUUUAUACUAAUUUCUUCCAUAGUAAAUUAAUCAGGCUAUUAUAUAAGGUAACAUUUUCCUGAAGGGUAGUUUUAGUGGGAGGGUGGUGGGAUGAUGUAACAUCAUAUCUGGGACUACAUCAGAAGGGUUCUGUGAAACCUAAACUCCCUUUCAAAAGUGCCUAGUGAUAGAGGCGUUGUUUGUCAUCUAUUAAAAUUGGAGUGUCAUC